AUGGCCGAUAAUCAGAAGAAUUCUGUAUACACACAUGAAUUUCCGGCGAUAUGUAAAUGUGAAACAUUUGGCCGGGAAUCACAAACUGUAGUCUCUGAUUUGGACGGAACUUUGCUCCGGGGACGUAGUUCUUUUCCUUAUUUCGCCCUUGUAGCAUUUGAAGUUGGUGGAGUUUUAAGACUCCUCUUUUUGCUUCUAGCUUCUCCAAUCGCCGGAAUUCUCUACUACUUCAUUUCAGAGUCUGCCGGUAUCCGUGUUCUAAUCUUUGCCACCUUUGCCGGAAUGAAGGUUUCCGACAUCGAAUCGGUGGCGCGAGCAGUCUUGCCGAAGUUUUACUCCAGUGACCUGCACCCGGAGGCGUGGCGGGUGUUCUCGGCUUGUGGGAAGCGGUGUGUUUUGACGGCGAACCCGACGGUGAUGGUGGAGCCGUUUCUGAAGGAGUUUUUGGGCGCCGAUUUGGUGAUGGGAACGGAGAUCGAUAGUUGGAAUGGAAGAGCUACCGGACUUGUUAAAACUCCCGGAGUGCUCGUCGGAGUUAACAAAGCUGACGCGCUUUUGAAGGCUUUUGAAGACACGCCGCUACCGGAGUUGGCACUUGGUGACCGGAAAACCGACUACCCAUACAUGAAAUUAUGCAAGGAAGGUUACAUCGUACCACAAGACACGGAGGAAGUGAAGGCGGUGACGGUGGACAAGCUACCAAAACCAGUGGUGUUCCACGACGGCCGAUUAGUCCAAAAGCCAACACCAUUCAAAGCACUCAUCAUCAUUCUUUGGAUUCCGGUAGGGUUCUUCCUUGCAUGUCUACGUAUCGCCGCCGGUGCGCUCCUCCCCAUGCCUUUAGUCUACUAUGCUUUUUGGGUACUCGGAGUUCGAGUCACCAUUAAAGGAACACAACCGCCGGCGGCCAAAAAAUCAACCGGUCAAACCGGCGUUCUCUUCAUCUGCUCCCACCGCACCCUACUCGACCCUAUUUUUCUCUCCACCGCCCUCGGCCGCCCAAUCCCGGCAGUCACAUACUCUCUCUCUAGACUCUCGGAGAUCAUCUCUCCAAUCAAAACCGUCCGGUUAACCAGGGACCGAACCAGCGAUGCCAACAUGAUCAAGAAGCUUCUAGAAGAAGGAGAUUUGGUGAUAUGCCCAGAAGGAACAACCUGUAGAGAACCAUUUUUGCUCCGGUUUUCAGCUCUGUUUGCUGAACUCACUGACGAGUUGGUUCCCGUGGCGAUGUCAAACAGGAUGUGCAUGUUUCACGGCACCACCGCAAGAGGGUGGAAAGCGAUGGAUCCGUUUUACUUUUUUAUGAACCCUAGUCCAGCUUAUGAAGUAACCUUCUUGAAUAAGUUACCCUAUGAUUUAACUUGUGGAAAUGGGAAGAUAAGCCACGAUGUUGCGAAUUAUAUACAACGAAUGAUUGCUUCGACUUUGUCAUACGAGUGUACCAAUUUAACGAGGAAGGAUAAGUACAAGAUUUUGGCCGGAAAUGAUGGCACUGUGGCUACCGGAAAAACCUAG